CAGUUUUUAGACUCUUCGACUCGGAUGCCAGGAGAUCCUGACCAUGCGGAAAUGAGUUGGAGUCUUGCAAGUAAUGCGGAUGAAAAAGAACAUUUAAGUAGCCUUCUGAAAUAUAUUAUCAAUAAUGGCUCGUCAAUGCAAGUGGACGAAAUUAUCCUAUCAAUUCACGUUAUCGGUACAAGUUUGAAUAAAUUAUCCAGUAAUGAUGUAUUGGUUGCAAGUGAAGCAUAUCGUGUGUUAAUCAAGUAUUUUACGAAAUAUUUGAAUGAGGGACAUGUUAUUACGAUUCAUCUGGUGGACAUCAUACGUUGUCUGUUGACUGGAACAGCACUGCCCACCGAGUAUCAUAGUUACCUGUGCUCACAGCAGUGUAAUCAAAAAAAGCACGACACAGUUGAAAUCGCUCAGCCUUGUAUACAAUUAAAUAUUUCUUCUAAAGAAAUAUUAGCAAUAAAUGGGCUGUCGUUAUUCUCUUCCUUUCCUAUCGAGAAAUUAAUUUCCGCUUUAAUACCUGCAAAACUGCUUGAUCCAUUUCAAGGUGCCAUUGUACGUCGGUCAUUUCCCGCAUAUUUCAAAAUUAAUCACAGUGAUGUAUCAGUUCUACAAAUAGGGAUUACUGAUGUCGACAAGUUGUUAUGCAUUGAUUUUGGCCCGGCAACUGAAACCAUAAUGGAGUAUAUCAGUGGUACCUCGAAUGCGCUAAUUUUGAUGAUUAGUUCGUUAGCAUGUAAUUGCACCAUUGAAGAAAUGCAAACGGACGCAGGAAAUGCAUGUUGUGCAGCAGUAAUUAGUAUACAUAGGCGUGUCACUGAAUUGGCAAUGGGAACACUGUGUUAUAGAAAUCAUUUAACGAAUUCCACUGAAGCCCUUGUCUUCUGCAUUAAUGAGUUGUUGAGGAGUCGCAAAAUGGACAUAGCGUACGUUUUUGCUAAUCGUUUCCUCAAUAUGCUUCCGACGGCAUUAUCAAUUUUAACCUCCAUAUCAUCUGCUUUAUAUGAAGCACUUUGGAAUGUUGCUAAGGAAGCGCUACAACAUGCAUUAAGACUCGGUGAUGCUACCUCAGUCAAAAAGCUAACCUCAGCAGAUUCACCUGAUGAUCCGGUGGCAGGUGUUGGCGACUGGUUAGAAAAUAUUCUAAGAGCGGUACCUGUUUUAAUGGAUCAGCAAGAAGAUGCAGUUAAUCUACAAAAGGCUUCGCUUUUUGCCAUCUCCUCUUCAACGCUAUUAAGCUUAUGUGAAAGAAGUUUGUCGAUUUUGCUCUUUAUGGGAAACACUUUGAACAUCUGGACGAGUUCAAGUUUCAAUUGUUUUCGGGAUUUAUGUGCUGCAUCAGGUGGUGACCAUGGCUGUUGUGGAACAGAAGAUGUCAGUGUAUUAUUAAUAAUGCUUCUGGAGCAUUCUCUUGACAAAGGUUAUCUGGAUGAAAAUGAUGAGGGACAACUGGUGAAUAGUAUGUUGUACUUUCCAAAGGGUAAUGAAUCAGAAAUUAUUACUUCGGAUCCGUUUUGCCUGAAAAUUAUUGCUGUUUGUGUGUUAGGACGUCAAAAUGCAGCACAGAUUGUUUGUCAUGUUCUGCGCUCAAUAGACGCAGAAUCGAGGAAUGGUAUUCCUGGGCAUUCCACCUUUUGGCUUCUCGAGUGUAUCUCCGAACUACUGAAUAGCGAAGAUUUGAAAAAAUCAGCCGUUUUUGCGAUGAACAUGUUGUAUGAUGCCAUGAAGAGUGGUGUAAAGCGCCAAAGGGUGCGUUAUGCGUUAGAAGCUGUUCAUCUCUUGUUAGUUGGAGGCCAGUCUCAUGGUAAGAGGAACGUGAUCAUGAAAAAGUUUCGAAAAUGUUGUUGCGAUUUUUUCGAUCUAAGCAGACCAACGAAAUGGGGCGAUACUGUGUUAACUCGUUCUAUGUUUAAUUUCAAUCACUGGGAUGAGCUGCAUGAUUUAUAUAUCAGUUGGCUGUAUGAUAUGCAGUGGGAUGAGGUGCACUUUCCUGCACAUAUCAUUUUGCCGCCCACAGUUUCGUUUCUCUCAAAAAUUGUAAGUACUACUGGUAUUCUUCCUGCUGAACGCUGCCAUUUUAUACGCAUUCGACCCCUGUUGUUGGACAGCAUUUAUGCAGCUUAUUUGGAUAAAUUUAAUGAUGAGAACACAAAUAUAAACGUAACUCAUGUGCUUAAAAUCGAAACGCUGGUUGCUGUUGGUUUGCCGAUUAUGGAUGACUGCUCUCUUAUUGAUCUUGUAAAUCUGCCGCUGAUAUAUUACGAUUCUCUAUUGCUAUUUUACAAUCAGCUAAGAAAAUAUCGUUGUUCAGCAGAGGAACUCGUUCGAAUGGCUGAAUUCGUUUUUGAAAUGUAUAAGAAUGCAGCGAAUGUAAUUUGUGAACGCAGUAAAGUCACGCUGUCUUUGGGCGCAUAUGCAGCAUCAUUGUCGCUUGGCAAAAGUGACUUAUUGAACAGUACAGUACCGCAUGCACGUGGUGAACUUCAUUCUAUUUUGAAUGAUGAUUUGUUAAAGUUGGUUCGUACGUGGGCCGGACUUACGUUACCUGAAUUAAGGUUUUCUUGUACACCAGCUAUGCUAGAUGCAACAAGUGAUACAUUUCAGUCACCGUAUUCUGUUAUUACACAAGUACGCGAUAUUAAGAAACAGAUGUUUGCUGCAUUUUCUUCACUUUGCGAUAACACAACUCGAUUUGUACUUAAUCAAUUGUUGUCAAGAAACGGUGUACGACAUCAGGAUGAAACGCCAUUGCUUCUUGACUGGGUGAUUUUUAUUCACAGUUCGGAUCUGACAGGAACAGCAACACGUGAACUGAGCCAAUCGGUGCUGUCAAAAAUGGAUAUAGUUCUGGUAAUCAGUCGUCAUCUAGCUCAUAUUGUUUCUACUUUAUUGGAUGGAGUAUUAGCUCAGCAGACUACCUCAGAAACUAAUUUACUAAAUGGUCAGUCAGUUUUUUGCUCCAUUCUAAUAAAUUUGGUAUCGUCACAAAGUUCUCUCGAUUUACCAUGGAAUAAACUGCCAGAAAACAUCUUUUCAUCUGUUCUGGAUCGUCUUGCUGUGGACGAUUCACUUAUGAAACGUUCAGUACCAUUUGUCAACUUGCUUUCGACCAUAUGUUGUUCAAAAAAUGCGCAUUUGAACUCACGAUUUUUGUCACCACUUGAGAAACAUCAGGACUUACUUGUUCAGUGGAUCAGUGUCAGUGCAGCACCGCUUAAUACAUUUUGUAUGCUACAACCUUUAAUUGAACAUUUAGCAGGCGAUAGAGAUCGAAAGGCCAGUUUUGAUGAUCCAGGAUUUCAAGCUUUAUUAGAGCAAAUGAUUAACGUUCUUUUUGGCGAGGAAGUUCAUCAACGAACAGCCAGCAGCUCUUUGAUUGAAGUGAAACGAAGCGACCGAUGGAUGUAUGCAUCACUAUGCUCGAGAAAAAUGAACAAUCAGAAUGAAAAAGAAGGCAGUGGAUCCGAGGAUCGCAAGAGUGAGCAACUCAAAGAGGUGGAUAUUUUCAGUAAAGGUUUGCUAACGAUGCUAAAUAUUGGUGGUCCGAAAAUACACUGUCGUUUGAUUGAGCAGUGCGCAAAAUUGUUCCAAGAAUUGGUUGAUUUGAUUCAAAAGGACGGAUUAGAGCUUUUAAAGGGCUCAUCUAACGUAUCAAGUUCACAGAUAACAGCUGUUUUGUAUGCGUUUAUUUUUCUGUGCAGCAUACUGGAUUACAUCGAUGGUUUGUGUCGGACCCUUUGUCCUCCAGGCGUUAUCAGAGACGAUUCAGAUGAUCUUUCCACAGUCUUUACUCCGAAGCACAUUAUUAAGAAGAAACCAACGUGUUCACGUAGCCGUGCACUACCAUUGUGUACAUUCGCGUCAACAGCAAAGGAGUUUGUCCAGCAGCAUUGGUACAAUUGCUAUACAUGUGGUAUGGUUGAAGGAGAAGGCGUUUGUUCGGUGUGUGCGGUUAAUUGUCAUCGCAAUCAUGAUCUGUCAUACAGUAAAUUUGGAUCAUUCUUUUGCGAUUGUGGAGCAAAAGGUUGUGUCGCAUUGAAGUCCACAUCAUAUCCAAAACCGCAGCGUGUCAGUAAUCAAAAAUAUGCGACUUUGCCUAGAAAUCGGUCAAAAUCGUCAAAGCGCAGAUUGAGUUUGUUCAGUCAUCUCUCAGUUAUGGAUGAAGAUAAGACAGAAAUUGAAAAUCGUUUGUGUCAAUUUAUGGAGACACUGACAACUAAUCGAGAAAAUAUUAUGUCAGUGAUUACUGCGGUAAAGGAAGGAAUGCGUUUGCGAUCAGGUAAGGCCCGCGAAACACGGCUAAAAGAAGUCGAUGCAAAGAUGAUACAAGGCUUGACAAUAUCAACAGAUCGUAUUAUUAUGGAGUUGUUAACUGCGUACCCUAAAGCUCUUUUCGAUAGACGAAUUGAAACUGGAAAAAGUAUAGAUAAUGUGAUAGCUUCCCUUGAAAUUGGUGGCACGAUUCUUCUGGUUGCUGUGCAAGAAAAUUCGAAGAUUAUUUUGCUGGACGUCCGAUCUUUGCUGAGUGCAUCUACGAAGAAUUUUGAUAUACCACGAGUCGAAUUAGAUGCAGUUGGAUUCAAAAUAGUUGCACUUGCAAGUAUGAAAGAUUUACUAGCUGUUUGUGGCUUGAAUCAGUGUCUCAUUCUGCGGAUUAAUAAGGAUGGUGAUAUAUCUGAAAGACAAAAUGUUGAAUUUGCUAACUCGUUACCAUCUUAUGCUGUUCCCAAAAAGGUGAUGUCGGAGACCACUAUUGCCAGCGAUAUAACGCGAGAUGUCGUAGCGUUAAGUUGGAUUGAGUUGAUGCAAACACGAUGA